AUGAAAAAUAACAGGAGUUUAAAACUCCUGUUAUAUUUUUUACCCUACCUGAGCGGGUUAACUCACCUACCUGGAUUUCCCUACCUCCAUAUAAACUGGCCUAAAGCUAAGAUAAAAGUAAGUAUGUUUAUGGGCGGAACGUUUGAGUCAGCUCGAAAAAACAAGUUUGAUUAUUUCUUUUUGCAGGAGCAUGGCUUGUUUAAUGAUUCCAGUAAAUAUGGCAAUGUAACGGUAGCAGAGUUAAGGGUUAAUGAAGUACACGGAUACGUUUAUCUCUCGAUUAUGCUGUGUUUAGUUGUAAAAAGAAACAAUACUGGCUUUAUUGAAGAUGUGAUUUAUAUGUGGAAAAAGUUUGGUAACGAGAACGUCACAAAUCUCGAAUUUAGGACCGGUGAGUGAAAUUUUUUGUUGUAAUGGCUUAUUCGGACAGCUUUCUUGUUGACACGAAAAGUUAUCUGGUAUGGUAUGAAAGGCAACGGCCGGGGACUGGAACAAGUCCUUCACAAACAUCGAACAUCGUACUAAGGGAGCUGUUGGCUGAGAGGGCUUGGUGCACUAUCUCAAUCCUCACUUUUCCUCACCAAGUAGGUUCCAGUCCUCGCUCCUACCCAUUUACUUCUGCAAAGGUCGUAAUACCUGAUUACAUUGCGACAAUGAGUGGAAGAAACCUGUCUGAUAUGUGACGAUCCACUUUCAAUAUUAGCGAGCACUCUCGUCCCCAGAGCCAUCUGGGGGCCUAAGCACGAGGACCAGGAGGCUCUGGGGACACACGAUUUGAAGUCCAAGAUUUUAGAACUUCCGGUCAUUUCCGAAUCAAAAGUAAGUUGGGGGAUUCUCUUUUUAAAAUCUUUGAAUCACGUAAAUUUACAGUCGUUGAUACUUGGGCAAGAGUAAGUGACCGCUAUAUAUUAGAAACGUUAAAGAAAUCGCGCGGAAAUCAUGUUCCUUACGUGUGGACAGAAGUCGUAUCCGUUAACGUUUUCGUACUGUCGUAAGAGCUAUCGAAUUCCUGUUUAGUUUCAACAUAGCCUCAGGAACCGGUUACCUCCGGUUAAAGCUAAUACAGGAAUUUUAUGAUCCGUGUCCGGCACCUAUUCAUCGUUAUCCUCACCCCUUCCUUUCUGUCACUGUCUCAAGACACUUUCAACGGCGUAUAUGACGUUUCUUUUUCUGUAGGAUAUUUUGUAACGUUUGGGGGCUUGAAAGCUAAGGACGGCGAGUGCAGCAAAUGUUCCGGUCCUUUCGGUGUACUAAUCACUCUUGAGAUAGAAUGUAAACCCAAAAAAGCUGAAUACAGUUGCAAUGGUCUGAAGAACUCGUGGGAAAACGACGACUGUGUAAAAUACUGCGGUCGGCGUUUUGGUAUGUAUAUAGCGCGCAUACACCUUCAUUCACAUCUACACCUCUUCCCUUCUAUCCCUUUCUCCAGACGCUUUCUGCAACGGCCUAUAUAACGUUUCUUAUUCUGCAGGGGUAACGUUUGGGGACUGGAAAGCUAAGGACGGCGAGUGCAGCAAAUGUUCAAUUGGAGGCGCUGGACCAAUCACUCUUGAGAGAGAAUGUGAACCCAAACUUCCUGCAUACAGUUGCGAUGGUUUCAAUACCACGAUGGAAUCCCAGGACUGUUUAAAAUACUGCGAUUCGAGUGCUGGUAUGUAACAAGCGCGCAUACAUUCCGUAAUGGUAUGCAUGAUCUGACCGAAAAUUAAUUACAAUAUAGUUUACAGGCCCUAUAGAGUGUUUUCAGUCACGUGGCCAGCAUCUAUGCAAGUUUAUUGGAACAAAAGAAAGCGUUGGAAAGAAAAGAAUUCAACUACCACAGGACCCGUUUGGGACACCAACAAGGCCGCCGUUUCAUUGUUUUGGGACACCAAUAUGGCUGCUGAGACGUCAUGUGAAAACACUUUAUAUUCUCUUUUUGAGACCCCGUUUUGAACGGACAAAUUUUUUUUACUGUGCAACCUUUUACACGGAAUCUUCCAAAUUCUGUUACAGAUUGCAGUACUUUUUACAUCUUAAAAACUUGCACGGUUCCGCGAGUCUCGUGUAAACUAGGGAGUAAGGAGCUAGGGCGUUGAAACGAGCGGGAUCUAGCAAUCUAGCUGUGAUGCAAGGGUCUGGGUAUUACCAAAGAGACAAAACAAGAUGGCGGACAUUAUACUGGACCGUCAGAGAGAUUAUCCAGCGAACGUUAGGCCCGGUUCAGACGCCGCUCCACUCAGGUGCCGAACCCAACUGAUGAAUUAAGUACGGCAAAAGAGCGGCUUGUGAACCAAUUUGGUACGACGUUUUAGUUUGUGCGGCAAAAGCGUUAAGUUCCACAGAGUCUGUCGAACUUUGUCGAACUUAACUCAGGUUCGACACACUGUACGCCGUUUGAAUCAAAUGUCGCGCCAGUGUCGCUCCAAAGUCGAACUUAUUCAGUUAGGUUGGGCACAUGAAAAGUACGGCGUCUAAACCAGGCCUUAGCCAUUUUCCCGUAGCAUUCAUUUGCUGCAAGCAACAGCGAAGGAACAAAUUAUUUUUUGUCACGUUCGCUUUCUGUUUUGUUUAAUUUUCUUCCCACGCGAACAAAUAUCUGUAUUGAAAAUAUUUUCCACCUCCUUGACGUGUAGCCUGCCUAACAAGCGUUUCUGCGCCAGUUCGACGAAAACGUUGGGACGAGAGCAGCUUGCUCCUGCUCUAACUUUCGCGCAAUAACUCGAUAACGAUUGGAAACGCAUGAGUAUACAACCAUAAACUACCCAGGGAGGGUAGGGUGGGAAAACUAGUAAAUGCUGCUACUUAUGACUGUUGCUAGCCAAGUAUCUUGCAAAUGAGUUUAUAAGAUGCUGGGCCCUGGAUUUACACAAACGUGCUUGUACUUUUUACUGGCAUUGAGUACAGAAGCUGAUCGUAAAACCACUGGAUACUUCGUGAGCAAAAAAACUUGAUAUGCCAGAUGGAAAAGUAUACGUACUCAUUCUAUGUAAAACUUGUACUAAGGUAAAUGCUGUUUUAGUCCCAAUACCCCCAUGUUUGAUAUUUAGAACAGCAUCACAAACCUGUCCUACAAAAAAUCAUAAUAACAAACACAUUAUAUGAUCUAAUUUUACGGUGGAAUCUUUGUGGGGAUUUGAAAGCAAAUUUCUCUAUAGGCUUCAUUCUAUUUCUGUGCAACACAACCUUUAGAUUUAUACCGCAGUGAAAGAUAAUUUGUUGUUGUUUAUGUUUAGACUGUCACAAGAGAUCAUUCAUAUGCAAUUUCGUAGUAGACCUUUAAAAAUAGUCAAAACCUUCUUGGGUCACGUUUCUGUCGCUAGAAAAUUAUUUACCAUCUUAGUGUAUAUUGGAAAAUGCAAAAUUGCUGAAUUAGGAAAAUGAAUUCUUUUAUUUUACUAACAAGCUCAACGCCAACGUACACACCAAAAACCUUGCUAUCGCCAUUAUGAAGACGUCACUUCAGAAGUUAAAAACCUUGAAGGUUCAUAAAAGUUCACUCCCAAAAUUUGCAUGCACAAACAAAAUUUAUAAAACCAUUACAUAUUUUUUUUUGUAGGCGUAUAUUAUCAUUUGGUUUUGACUGGCAAGAUAAAACGCGACCUUCAAUCUGUAAUGCUCCAUAGGCCAUUUUGACACUACAUAAAAGCGAAAAAACACAUUACCUUAUAAGACUAACUAUAAAAUAUCACCUAAAUAUUUUCUGUUCAUCGUAUAGAAAUACCCCAAAUAAGAAAUUUGAUUAUAGAUUGUAGCGAUCUAAAGAUUUGAAAGCAAUAAAUCCAAACCUACCUCCAGCUAGACGCGCCAUUUUCUUGCCCUGACAGCGGAUCGAGAGCGGAAAGGCGAAUUAGUUCCAGUGGUACUUCGCAUCACAGCUGAACCCGAGAGAGCGUAUGAGCGUUUCAACGCCCUAGCUCCUUACGCCCUGGUGUAAACAAGACUGUUCCGUGAAAAUGUUUACCCGUUUAAAAUUUGUCCGGACUCUUGUAAAAGGGGUCUAGAAAAUGGGGUCUAGUGCCGCUUUUUUUUAUUUACUGUGGUUUAAAGCCUCACAAUGAGAUCAGAUUGGCUGGCUGAGGACAUACUCACUUAUAUGCACAAGUUGCAAAUAGAGUCUAAUUAAAGCUUCGAUUGGAUCCAUUCGUUGAGGUUCGGUUCCAACAAAAGAAAACACUUAUCAGCAAACUAUUUAGUACAGUAUAUGCUGCCGAUUGUUUCAGACAAAUCAGUUCUGUACUAAACGAAGUUAAGGAGCAACAACCUAACAUUGAUUUAAUGCAUGGGAUAAAUGCACCUGAUACGUACAUACUGGCUUGGCAACAAUGUGUCAGCUCAAUUUAAAUGAGACUGGCCUGUAUGUCUUUCUUUCUAAUGAUAUCUUUUCCCUUUGUCUUCAGCCAACCGGAAGUUUACGUCCAUUUUCUUAUUGCUGGCGGUACUCAUAUCUUUCAGGUAAGCUUCAGUUGAUUCCGCUAUUAUCCUUGUUCCCUGUUAUAGGUUAACAAAUAAUAAUAAAUUUAUAAAAAUUGUACUCACUAUCUCUUUUCUCAUUGGCUGAUAGACUAAAGUUAAUUGAUUUUGGAAAUCAGCGCAACCUACAGAUUAGUUAGUUAUCUGCUAUCAGAUUUUUGACUAAAGCUACGUGAAAACGGACGCAACAAGUCCCAACAUUGUUGCGCUAAACGUUUGAUCAAUUUCAAACUUUGCGCAACAGCUCCCAACAACACGAUAGAACAUGCAACAGGGUGUGGAAACAUACGCAACAUGUAACAUCCAAAAAUGUUGCGCCCGUUUGCACGGGGCUUAAUCUGUAGGUUGCGCGCACAACGCUUAAUUUCUAAGAGCGAUGUCAAACUAUGUUCCAUGCGAUGCUGUCUUUGUCCUUAUUUUCUUCAAACCAAUGUCAGCUUAGGCCUUCGGCUUGGCUGAUAACACCUACCUUGACCUUGAUUAUUCCGGAUAUCACCAAAGCUCAUCCAAUAAUUGUUUAAGAUAGGUAAAGAAAUGAGAUUAAAUUCUUUCUCUUUCAGUACCAGCUUUACUAUCUGGGAGUGAGUCAUUCCCCUGACGGACGGGCAUCAAGCAAGUCAUCCAAUUUUGUGUGAAAAAAGUAUUUUUUUUAGGCCUUUUGUUAAGGUUACACUAUCCUUUAUGUAAUUUUCGUAUUUCGCAUCACACCAUUUUGUAAAGAUUAGCGAAUAGCUCUUUAUUUGUAGCUAGUCAUGCUAAAAUUCCACAUACAUAAUUCUUUGUACAUUAACAUAGCUUUCCUCGCUCCAUAAAAGAAUUAUGUCAACUUAACUUGUAAAAAUGGUAUUUUUAAGUCUGGAUUUCGGUGUGGGAUAAUGGUUGGCAAGUUCAUAAAGGACCCAUAUUUUACUUUACAGAACUCUUUUCAGAAAUGUAAUAGAUCUAUUAGGGGAAGUGUAAGCUUCGUCAUUUUGCAUGGCUUUUGUUCCGGCUAAGAUUGCCCAGUUUUGAAAAAGCUCUUGUUUUUACGUUUGGAUAUCUUAAGAACUUAAGACUGAAGCAGUUCCCUCUUAGGCUUUUGUACAUUAUGCUUUUGUUUUCCCAUUUAAAUGCUCCUUCUUAAUGCUUCAUUUUUCGCAAUAAAAUGUUCGGUCCUCCUAAAAAAAGUCACUAAAAUGCUUGGCUAAUGUUCAUUGUACAGAGGCUUUUUCUUUUAAAUGAUCCUAAUGUUUUAAGGGUCACGGUUAUUUUAUCUGGAAAAAAAUAUAUUUUUCAGGAAAAUGCCACUAACAUGUUCGAAUAAUGUUUAAUGCUUUUGCCUUUCUAAAAUGCUCGAAAAAAUGUCAGGGAAAUGUACAAAAGCCUGGUCUCUCUGCAUCUGGCGACAAUGUUUUCUUUUACUUUUUCUUUCUUUUUUUUUUUUUUAACCUUGGUAGACGUUUUGCAACAAUGCAACUCAAUAUAAAGUUUCUAAGGAAAGAAGAAAUGCUUCCCAAAAAUGAUUGA